AUGCCGGCAACGACCAAGACGGCGACUCCUGCCAAGGAGAAGGAUCGACGAAAGUCGGGCGGCAAGCCGUCGCUUCUCACCACGCUGAGGGUUUCACCCAACCGCCUGCGCCAGCUGCUCGACCCUUCGUCGCUCAAGGCCGAGACUCCAACCAAGGAGUCUCCUGCCACCUCGGCCACCCUGCCCACCGAGACGGCUGCCGCUGCCUCGAAUGGCGACAACGCAUCCGAGUCGAACCCCGGGACGCCGGCGCCUGCUGGCACCCCGUCACAGGGCCCCAUGGGACCUCCGGCCGACGGCCCCAAGAAGAAAGGUGUGAAGAGGGGUGCUGCUGCUCUCAAUGGCGAGCCCAAGAUUAGAGGCAAGCCGGGCCCCAAGAAGAAGCCCAGACUCGAGGAUGGUACCAUCGACCCUACGGCCCGAACGGGCGCUGGCACGUACCACAAGCUUGGCCCCAAGGCCAACCAGGGUGCUAUCAACGCUGGUCUUCGCGCCCUCGACCGAUCUGGCAAGCCCUGCCGGAAAUGGGCCAAGGGGGGCUUCCGGCUGAAGAGCUUCACCGGUGUCCUGUGGGAGAUUCCUCGUUGGACCGCUCCUCCCAAGCCGCUCCCCGUCGAUUCCACCCAGGAGUCAUCUGCAGCAUCUGCCGAGAGCAGCAACAAGGAGAACAAAGAAGGCAGCCAAGUCAAGAGUGAGAACAGCGCCAGCGCCAGCGCCGCAGACGCUGAGCAGCGAAGCUUGCCGCCGAGUCUGCCGGCUGCCAGCUCACCAGCCCCGACGCCCGUUGCUGCUGCUUCAUAG